UAUAGACUUGAUUCUUCUUGAGCCCUACUCCUCUUCCUCCUUCACCUACUCCUCACCACUCAGUCUUCCCACGUCGUACUUCCACUAUCGACGCCACUGCCAGUGCCUCUCCUUCCUCCCCCCGCCUCUUUUCGUUUCUUUUCUCCCCUUCAUCAGUAUUGUUUCCUACCUCCAAUUUCGAACCAAAUGCCCACUCCGACCCCUUUCGCCCACGAUGGCCUACAUCGAGCCACGCCUCAUCCACCUGCUGAACGAUGCGAACACGCCGCAGCUCGCUCACGCUGAUCUCCCGCCUCUUCGCCUGGCCUUCUCCCGCCCCUCCGAGCGACCUUUUCCCCUCGAGCCUGACACGAGCCAUCGCGAAGACCAGUCCAACGGGCCGUCCCUCGCCACCAGCCAUGGGGCCCUACCACCCAAUGCUGGAGCUGUCGAUGACGGCUUCUCGGUACGGGAAUCGAGAAAGGAUGAUGAUUUCGCGUUGGAUAGGGUAGCGGUUAACGGCUCUACCACGACGCACUUACAGCUACGCCUACUCCUUGGCGAAGAUCGAGACGCGACAGACUCCUCCUUCUCUCUAAGCAAAAUUCUAGACGAGGUGCCCGACAACAGCAAGGAUGAUACGGCCACGAAGAAGAGACACCGCACCAUCACUGCCAAGGACGAUUUCGUACAACUUCCACAGCCGGUCAAGAAACAAAAACCAAUUCAGCCACAGGUCAUGCCGGCUAUGCCGCCCAUCAUCAAUGGCUUACACGAGCCCCCCCCCGAUGCUGCUCUCUUCCCGCCAAUUGCCUCCAACGACUUUAACGAACCCGAGAGUAACCAACUGAAGCCGAUACGAGACUUCGCUCCUGCGCCUGAAGAGAAAGAGACAGAGAGACUCGCUGAGACCGAGUCGACGUCGGCAAAGAAUGCAAAAGCCAAUGGUGGCAAAACCAGAAAGAAGGCCAUGAAACCGAGGAGGAAGUGGUCCGAGGCCGAGACGAAUCACUUGCUUCUUGGGGUGAAUCGCCACGGCGUCGGCAAAUGGACCGACAUCCUUGCGGAUCCCGACUUCAACUUCAACGAUCGCACUGCAGGCGACCUCAAGGAUCGAUUCCGUACCUGCUGUCCUAAUGAGCUGCGCAGGAGCAACAGUGACCCCAAGAUUGCGUCUUCCGCGGUGCCGCCAACGACCUCGACCGAGGCGAAGACGAAGGCGAAGACUGGGCUCUUGUCCGAAAACAUACUUAUUGCCCAGGAAGAGCCCAUCUUGGGGGACCAACAGCAGAUGACGCAAGCCGACUUGGACGCGUUCCCCAAGAUGAAGAAGAGUCGGGCCCAUCGGAAGAAGCUGGAAGACUUGGCCGAGCUGGGCAUCCACGGACCGUUCAAAAAGUCACACAGGCGUGAACGGCGGCCUUUCACAGACCAAGAUGAUAAACAGAUACUCGAAGGACUAGACAAAUACGGGCCCGCCUGGACCAAGAUUCAGAGAGACCCACGCUUCAGUCUCUCGGGACGGCAACCAACAGAUCUCAGGGACAGGGUACGGAACAAAUACCCUAGUGUGUACGCAAAGAUUGAAAAAGGCUUGUUUCAACCCCAAGAUGGAAGAGGAAGUGAUACACUCGAGCCCACGGUCAGUAUGAGCAUCGCCAACAAUUUCCAGCCGAACAGGCCGCCCCCAAUGGAGGCAACGUUGAACCGGAGCAAUUCUAAGGAGGAUUUGCCCAGAUGGCCACUAUCUGUCAUUGACAAUGGGGAAUUGGCCGUUGUCCCUCAGGCCUUUGACUUUGGCGAAACGACAACAGCCGCGUUUAUGGGCAGCGCGGGUGAGAUGGACAUCUCUCGUCUGUUGUUGGACGACUCGCAGGUUGGAAGCUCGGCGCGAUAUGCGCCUGAUCAGACAUCUGACUCGAUGUCGCCCUGAUUGAUUUGUUGUUGGGAAUCGGGCGUCGAGAAAGGCUGUUGUGGAGUCAGCUGUGCGAUGACUCUCGACAUAUUUUCGAUGACCAGAGAUUUCCUCACAGACGCGAUAUUAACGCAUGUUUUGCACAUAUACACCAGGUGUUUGCCUGGAACUUGGAAAUGCUGGGGUUUUUUCAUGGAACUUUUAGAAUCAAAAAGCGUCGCGGGUUGUUUUCUUGCGUGGCGUACAUGGGGGUGAGGACGGGGCGCUUUGCUGCCUCGAAGUUCGUUUCUGGACAUUGAACCAAACUAGUAUCUCCGUAAUUUCGUCACGGAGACCAGGCGCGUAAUCGGAUACCUCGGAUCGAAGACGUGGAAAAGGAAUUAGGGAGGUUAGACGGCGAACUACAGUCGCUUCUUCUGCACAAGAUCGUGAGCCCCCCCGCGGCACCACUGCUCCGAAACCAAGAACCUGCUGUUCGAGUAUAAGGUCAAGAAAGCCAUUGUGAAUUGAAGUGUCCGUAC